UAUUUUCGUCCCGACUUCAUGUGCGGCAGGCUAAAAGAUGCAGGCUCUGCAGGCUAAACUAUGCUGGAACUUCCCAAUCGAGAAGUUGGGGAGCCGGCGUCCGAGCAUAGCCGGUGGUUGGCUUCUGCUGUCGCACAACAGGAGGCUCGAAUAGGCGAGCGUACCACGGUCAGGAAUCUGUCAUCCAUGGCCCUGGCCGUCUGCCGUCUUGCGUCUUGCAGGACGGGGUUGGGAACACGAGCUGCAAGACAUUACGAUCGGCGGUGAUCUCGUGUAGCAUCGGCAAAUCGGAAGCCGUGGUGCUGUAGUGCUGAUAUCGGAGUGAUGAUGGCUGGCUGAAGGGUUGAUCUAUUUCCUUCUCCAUCCAUCAUCAUGCACACCUGCGAAUGGACGAGUCUCCAAAGCCUCUGUUCGCGCGCCCCCUGCAGAACGCAUGGUGGGUGUGUUAGGGUCGAGGUUAGGUACAGUAGCCGAAUACGAACGAUAGAGUUUCUCCGUGCGGAGAUUGGACUGUCGUCUUCUCCUUGCAAACCAACCCCCUCCGCCUCUUCUCACCUCACCACGUGG